GUAUACACUUCACGGCAUCAAAUACGUUUUUGGAUCCCCAUCAUUCAGUAGCUUGGAUUGACUUGACGCAACGGAAUCAAGAAACCAUCAAUUCUACCUCAGCAGCAGCAGGAAUAGAACAUGUCCAGCGUUCAUAUGAAUGGGACAGCUCCUGUCAGCCGUCGAGAAAAGCUCUACCAAGAGCUCAUCCACCGGAAAGCAGUUCUAACCGACUUUCAACACUUACCAACGGUCAUUUAUGACUGGCAAACCGCCGAAGGACCUUACCUUCCAACCAUUUGCCAUAGAUUUGGCUACCACGAUGAAAGAGCUAACGGCGUUCCAAAUACCUUAAUGGAAAUGAAGAUUGCACGACAGAAACAUUUGAUGGCAUCGAAUUCCGUAAUGCCAUUAAUAGCGCCAUACGAGAUACUUCACCCGGGUGAUCUGGUACACAAUGUUCGGUACACCAUAUCCGCAGCUCUUGAAUACUUGAAUCUGGACGGAUCGCAGAUUGAACCCCGAGUUUCUCAUGGACCCGAUGCACAUGAUAUCAUCAUUAGAACCACUUAUUUCGACUCCUCCACGCACCGCCAUACACGAUAUCCCUCAUACAGAACCGGGAGGUCUGUACUCAUGGGACAAUAUCAGUACCAAAGCUAUCCAAGCCAUGCUGUAUGCGCAUGGGAUGAUAUUGUUUGGAGCUAAUGGCAAGAGGAGGGAGGUUCCGCUGGAUGAUGCAGUCGUGCGAGAAUUGAUGGAUGAAAUUGAGUUGUGUGUGAGGGCGGAUAUCGGAGAUACAUGGCAUCUUGGAGUAAAUACUAUCGGGCACGCAUCUGAGGAAGAUAAACUUGAUACCGAGAGGGCUUUUCACUCAAGAUAAUGAAGAGUAAAUACUGUUGGCGUGGAAGUGAUAGAUAUAGUUAUGCGGAUUGGGAGACUACUAGCCGAAUUGUUAAUGUAUUUAUUCCGCUUCGCUAGUAGCCAUGGAGAUGAAGAGGAAGAUGAAGAAUUGUCUGAGACAAGUCUAAUGAUCAAUGGCCCAGGAAGUUAACAGUAUGAAAUCUUUAAUGAUUAUUCAGUUGUAUUAUUUCACUUUUGGGGGGUCUCUGAUAGCCAGAAACAAGUAUACCAUAGAAAUAGAGUUAUUAAUUGGCA